ACGUACCGAUUUGAGAGUCGGUUCACACCGGCGAAGUGUUUCGUAUAUAAAUUGGCAGAGUAAAGGUGUUUGCGCAUUUCCGUGAAACGCGCUUGAGUGAGUGGUUUAAGAGAAAACAAAGGUUGUUCCUUUAUCAAUUUCACCUUUCUCAUAUUAAGUCUACUCCAAUACCCAGCUUGAAUAUUUCUGUUUCAUUGUUUACCCUAAACGGAGCAAAAUGUUGAAUACCCUCUACGCCUAUUCGUCGAAUAUAUCCAGCUGGCACGUGCUAAGCUUUGGACUUUUAGCUUACUGCGCCUACUAUUUUAUGUCGGUGGUCAAGCUACCCACCAUCGCCUGCGCUGAUGGCCCGCUGAAGAAUUUUCUCCAACAGGAAAUACCGACAUUAAAUCAGAAGUACUGGCCUACUUUUUGGUGUUUGGACGGUCGGGCUCAAACUAUCUUAGCAAGCGUAAUACGCUCCAAGGCCAUACCAGAAAUAGCGUAUAAAAGAGAGAUGUUCACUUUAACAGAUGGCGGUGAAGUCGCCUUGGAUUGGAUGGAUGAUAAUUGCAAUUCAAAUUCGCCUUGUAUUAUCAUUUUACCCGGCUUGAUAGGUAAUUCUCAAGAUGAUUAUGUACGGUGCCUUACAGUUGCGGCCAACAACUCGGGCAUACGUGUUGUUGUGUUCAACAAUCGUGGACUUGGUGGCGUAGCGAUCAAAACGCCGCGUUUUUACAACGCCUGCAAUUGUGAAGAUAUUUCGGAAGUGGUGAAACACGUGCGAAGUGUGGUGCCGGCACAUUGUAAAUUGGGAGCCACCGGUAUAUCACUGGGUGGCCUAAUCUUGGGCAAUUACUUGGCGCGCAGGAGUGAAGAGGCGCGUACAUAUUUGUCGGCUGCCAAAAUUAUUUCGGUGCCUUGGAACGUGCAGAAAGCUGUUGACAAUAUGGAUCAGCCCAUAAUAAAUAAACUGAUCGGGUAUCUGCUGGCGCAAGGCAUGUAUAAAAUUGUAAAUAGAAGUGGCAUUCACAAGUAUCAGGAAUUUGAUAUGACAAGUUUAAAAAAGAGCAAAUCACUUAGGGACUUCGAUGCCUCAUUUACGAUUAAACAUUUUGACUACCCAACCGUGGAGGAUUAUUACAAUGAUGCCGGUUUGCAAGACAAAUUGCAUGAUAUCUCUGUGCCAUUACUUUGCCUGAAUGCUGCCGAUGACCCAUUUCAACUGCUGGAUGCCAUCCCAAUUCAGGCAGCGUACGAAUGUAGUCAUGUUGCUAUUAUAGUGACGACGCGUGGCGGUCAUAUUGGUUUCUUGGAAGGUUUCUUGCCCUCAGCAAAGGAUCAAUACAUGAGCCGUAUUUUCGUUAAAUACUUCACAAAAGCCUUAAUCGAUGAGCAGGGCGAAUUCCAACGCAUCAAAGAUGAUCUGCACCAAAAGUUUCUUGCGAAACAUUCAUUGGAGGGCUAAUAAAUUUAACUGUAUAGUCUGUGUUUUUCUAAUUUUAUUAAUCUUUGCGAAUGUUUCAAUUGUUAAUUAAAUAUUUAAAAUGUUAUAUUUAUGCAAAUAAAUUGAAUUGGAUUGGACUGAAUGAAAA